AUGAAGUUAUUCAGGACCUUUCUACUGCAGAUGUUUGUGACUCUGGUGCUUCUUAUUGCCUCCUGCACCUGUAAGCCUCUCAAUAACAGCGUCCAAAGUGAGGAUCUUGAGAAAUUCUACUUGCAGUUGUCGGAGGACCUGUUAGAGGAAGAGGAUGCAGAGUCUCAAAUGGAGGACUUCUUGGCAGAAAUGAAGGACGGUUUUCUGAAGAAGCUCAACCUUUCCGACGUUCCACAGGAGGAUCGCAGGAUCUCGCCCCCUCAGUUCAUGGUGGAGCUGUACAACAAAUACGCCUCAAAUAGGUCAGCAGUCCCACAGUUUGAUGUCAUACGAAGCUUCGCCGUCCAAGAUCUGAGUCUGCUGACGACCUUUGGCCCCGAGUCGAGGUGGAGGCUGCAGUUCAACGUCAGCGUCCCCGACCAUGAAACCAUCAUCACUGCUGAACUACAGCUGCUCUUCCUCCCAGAUGCCGCGGCUAACGGCUCGUCGCAGAGCUUCAAAGCCUCUGUCCACGUCUACGAAGCUGAUGGCAGCAAUUUUGCUUCGACUUCACAUCUGCUAGAUGGCGAAGAGGUAACGGCCUCUCAGAGCACAUGGGCGACAUUUGACGUGACCACUGCAGUUCAGGGCUGGAUUAAAUUAGGUGGAUUAGGAACUGCAUUUGAUGUGGUGGUAAAUAGGAAGGACUGUGGAGCCCCUGAUAGCUCAGAGGGAACGGGCUGUUUGAACAUGAGCCUGUCUGUUGGAGAUAAUGCUGCAGCUGCAUUAAUAGUCUUUUCAGAUGACUUUAAUAGCAGAAGGGGGGAGGCAAAGAAGGAGCUCAGAGAGAUGAUCCUUCAUGAGGAGGAGACUUUGCUUCACACUGGGGCCGACUGGAACAGAGGGAGUCGAGUUCCAAGUGAGGGCCCCCAGGCUCAGAGUCGACGGAGAGCGAAACGAAAGGCCGAUAGAGAAUACUGCCACCGAAGGUCGCUCAAAGUCAGCUUUAAAGACAUCGGAUGGGACAGCUGGAUUGUGGCGCCUCCAGAGUAUGACGCCUUCGAGUGCCGAGGGAUGUGUUCCUACCCUCUGACAGAUGAGUCAACGCCAUCCAAACACGCCCUCAUCCAAACGCUCCUCAACCUCAGGGACCCGGGGAGGGCCAACAUGGCUUGCUGUGUGCCGAUAAAACUGGACCCCAUAACUGUCAUGUAUCAGGAGAACGGACGCAUCACUAUCAGAUACCUUUACGAAGAGAUGAAGGUGGCGGAGUGUGGCUGCAGAUAG